AUGACUAGCUCUGAUCUAUAUCCUCUGGGAAGAGGACUAACGGAUUCAGUUCGGUUGGAUGCUCAGCACCUUCUAUGGAAGCUCCAUACUGGAUACACACUUCACCCCAAGAUUUCUAUUACUACAGACAUGAAGAUAGCGGAGGUUGGCACUGGAAAUGCGAUUUGGCUCUUUGACCUCGCCCAGUCGAUGCCACCUACCGUGCAACUGCAUGGCUUCGAUAUCUCGGAGGAGCAAUACCCUCCGAAGCAUAUGUGGCCACGGAAUGUCAAUCUAGCGCUGUUGGACGCAUUCAUGGAUGUCCCUCCCGCACUUGUUGGCCAAUACGAUGUUGUACAUAUCCGGAUGUGGGCGAGUAAUAUACGGGAUGGCAACACCUGGCCGCUGAUUUCACAUUUGCAAAAGUUGCUAAAACCAGGAGGCUACAUCCAGUGGGAGGAGGCAGAUCUCAUCCACCAAUAUGUGAAAGGGCGUAAGGCCCUUGCGUUUGCAGAACAGAUACCAUGUCUAUUUUAG